CUGUCUCUCGCUGUCUGUCACUGUGUUCAGUAAAUUGGGACAAGUUGGUGAUCAAAUGGAUACGGAGGAGUUUAGCUGUCCAAUCUGUCUGGAUCUACUGAAGGAUCCAGUGGCUAUUCCCUGUGGACACAGUUAUUGUAUGGGCUGUAUUAAGGGCUGCUGGGUUCAGGAUGAUCAUACUGGUGUCUACAGCUGUCCCCAGUGCAGAGAGACCUUCACGACAAGACCCGUUUUAAAAAGAAACAUCAUUGUGGCUGAUAUGGUGGAGAAACUGAGGAAGACGGGACUCCAAGCUGCUCCUCCUGCUCACUAUUACGUUAGAUCUGGAGACGUGGCGUGUGAUGUCUGCACUGGGAAAAAAUGCAAAGCUGUCAAGUCCUGUCUGGUGUGUCUGGCCUCUUACUGUGAAACUCACCUCAAACUUCACAAUGAACUCCAUCUAGGAAACACACAUCAUCUGAUUGAUGCCACGGGACACCUGCAGGAGAAAAUUUGCUCUCAACAUAACAAACUACUGGAGAUUUACUGUUGUGAGGAUCAGCAGUGGAUCUGUUGUUUGUGUGUGAUGGAUGAACACAGAGGCCAUGAUACGGUCUCAGCUGCAGCAGAAAGGACUGAGAAACAGAAGCAACUGGGGGUGAAACAGAGGAAAUUCCAGCAGAGAAUCCAGGAGAGAGAGAAGGAGCUGCAGGAUCUGAGACAUGCUGUGGAGUCACUCACGCGCUCUGCACAGGCAGCAGUGGAGGACAGCGAGAGGAUCUUUACUGAGCUGAUCCACUCCAUUGAGAGAAUGCACUCUGAAGUGAAAGAGCUGAUCAGAUAUCAGGAGAAGGCUGCAGUGAGUCAGGCUGAAAGACUCCUGGAACAACUGGAGCAGGAGAUUGCUGAGCUGAGGAGGAGAGACGCUGAGCUGGAGCAGCUUUCACACACAGAGGAUCACAUCCAUUUCCUCCAGACCUGUCAGUCUCUCUGUCCCUCUCCUGGACCUGGAGACUUACCCAGCAUCUCUGUCAAUCCAAACUUCUCUUUUGAGGCUGUGAGGAAAUCUGUCUCUGAACUGAAAGAGCAACUGGAGGACGUAUGCAAGGGGGAAUUAGAGAAAAUCUCUCAAACAGCUGAAGUCCACAUUUUGGAGCCCCUGACCAGAGAGGACUUCUUACAAUACUGCUGUGAGCUCACGCUGGACCCUAACACAGCCCACGAAGGACUCUGUCUGUCUGAGGGGAACAGAGUGGUGACACGUGUGAGAGAGACCCAGGCAUAUCCUGAUCAUACAGAGAGAUUUGACUGCUGGGUCCAAGUGCUGUGCAGAGAGGGUCUGUCUGGAUGCUGUUAUUGGGAAGUUGAGUGGAGUGGAGAUGAUGGCGUUUAUAUAGCCGUCUCAUAUAAAGAGAUCAGCAGGAAAGGGGAGCAGCCUGACAGUGGCCUGGGAGGAAAUGACAAGUCCUGGAGUAUGUUCUGCUCUCCUUUAAAAUAUUUUUUCUGGCACAAUAAUAAGCGUAUCAAAAUAACAGCACCCCCCUCUUCCAGAAUCGGAGUGUAUCUGGAUCACAGGGCAGGGACUCUGUCCUUCUACAGCGUCUCUGACACAAUGACCCUCAUCUACAAAGUUGAAACCACAUUCACUCAGCCCCUCUAUCCAGGUUUUAGAGUGUGGUCUUACAGAUCGUCUGUAAAACUGUGUCAUUUGGGAUUAAAAAAAACGUUAAAAAAAACGCCUUCAGCAUUUAACGCAGAUGCAAACAUGUAAACAUACGGAGGUAACUAACUGGUCUUACUGAUCUGAUCUCGGUCCCGAUUACGAUUUAGGCGCAGUGUUUUACACAGCGUGGAUAACCAAGAAAAGAGAUGGGUAUGUUGAAAACCAGUUUGACAGAUACGUGAGUCGCUUAUAUUUUCACAACUAAUAUUUCACAUUCUCAGAGUGCUUCGUCUAUUGUUGUGGGUUUUUUUUUUUUUAAGAGACUAGUGGUUUACUUUUCUGGCCAGAGCCAGACAGGUCAAAAAGCGUGGGUUCGGUUUUCCAAUAAGGAAAAAGCGGUGCUGUAUCAGUAGGCCUACUAUGUACGCACAUUAGAUUGGAGUGGCUGCGUGGCAUUCUUAUGUCGUGGCAUUAUAUGUACUCAUUGCUGGCAGAUUUGCUGAGAUUUGACCGCAAAACCCAAUAAACUUUGAAAUGCCAGUAGCUGUAAGCAUGGUUGCGAAACGGACAGAGAAAAAAUCGACUUGGAAUGUGGAACAACCAGAAGAGUGGGUUGUAAUUAAAAUUUUUUUUUAAAACCGCAGAAUGUGCUGAUUGCAGUACAGGGUUAUUCAUCCGUUCAUAAAAUCCAACAUUGUGUGUGUGUGUGUGUGUGUGUGUUAAUG